AUGUGGAAAGUGAAAGCAACUGAGAAAAGAGCAGCUAGGGAGGCAUGUAUUCCUAAAGAAUGGAAGUUUGAAAGUCCGUACUCCGAAAAGGAUGAUGUGUCUGUGGUCGACCUUGUGCCAACUCACCUAAGUGAGAAGGAACUAGAGAUUACCAACAUCACUGACCCUGAAAGACUAGCUUUGAAAAUUGCAACCAAACAGUACACUUCUAAAGAAGUGGCGCUUGCGUUUUCUCACAGAGCAGCUGUGGCACACCAGUACACUAACUGUGUCACAGAGUUCAUGUUUGACUAUGCAAUCUCUAGAGCAGAGUAUCUGGACGAUUACCUUGAGAAAAAUGGCAAAACGGUCGGUCCAUUGCAUGGCUUGCCAAUCUCUUUGAAAGAUUCGUUCAAUGUGCCAGGAUACGACUCUACAAUCGGAUACAUCUCGUACAUUGGCAAUAAAGAUACCAGGGUUCAGUCUAACCUGGUCACACUGCUGCUCGACCUGGGAGCUAACUUUCAUGCGAAGACAAACAUUCCCCAAACUCUGAUGACUGCAGACUCUGAAAACAAUGUCUUUGGCAGAACUUUGAAUCCCAACAAGCUGUCGAUGGGUGCUGGUGGAAGUUCUGGCGGAGAAGGUGCUCUCGUGAGACUCCAAGGAUCUGCCAUUGGAGUCGGCACAGAUAUUGCUGGCUCGAUUCGUAUUCCUGCCCUGGUGAAUGGCACGUACGGGUUGAAACCAAGCAUCAACAGAUUGCCAUAUGGCAACCAGACAGGCAAUAGCGAGUCGCCAAUGUAUCUCAGUUUUAAGCCUGUUCUUGGUCCGUUAUCAAACACAAUGAAAGGUAUUGAGUUUUUCUUCAAGAACGUCGUUUUGGCCAAUCCGUCAACUUACGACGACUUUGCCUUGCCAAUUCCUUUCAACACGAAGGAUGCACAACCUGCUGAAAAGCCAUUGAAGGUUGGAUUGAUUUCGACAGACAGUUACAUCCCCGUGCAUCCACCAGUUACCGAAUUCCUUGAAGAUGCUGCUGCUAAGCUUGGAAAAGCUGGCUGCCAAAUCGUGAACUUGAACGGCAAAGUGGCUACCUUUUGGGAAGGCUGGACCGUGGCUUGUGGGUUUUAUUCUGCGUUUGUUCCCAACGAUAAGACCUGUUAUGACUCUGUCAGAAAGUCUGGAGAGCCAUUAAUCAAGUCCAUUGUCAUUGAUGAAAAUUCAGAGUACAGACCAAAAACACUCCAGGACUACUCCAACACUAUCAAGGCAACCACUCAGCUCUACACCAAGUGGAUGGAGAUUUUCCGGGAUAUUGAUGUGCUGAUUUGUCCUGGCAACUGGGGGACUUCCGCUCCUCAUGACAAGUAUUCUGGGUGUCCAUACACCUCCAUGUGGAGUGUGAUUGACUUCCCAACGAUUGUCAUUCCAUACGGAAAAGUUACCAAGGAUUACCCGGGAAAGCACGAAGUUCCUGAGGGAUUGCAGAGAUGGAUGCCGGCAUUCGAUAGCGAAACGUACCAGGGCAUGAUUGGUAGCGUCCAAGUGGUUGUUCCGAAACUGUGUGAGGAAAAGCUGUUGUCGUGUGCGACUGCAAUUGAUCAAAUCCUACACCCUGAAAACUAUUAG